GACUUGUAUUCAGACCACCCUACCAACAAACUCCUGGUGAUGAAUCACGGAGUCAUCUCCAGAACAGAGGUUUGGUCCUCCUGGUCAGGGUGCAGGACGGGGCAGCAUGGUGGCAGGGGGCGUGGCAGGGGGCUUGCCCAUCUCUACCUCACAAAGCAGUGGCCUGGAAGGGGGCAUCAGGCCGGCAAGCAGGUUCAGGGACCUACAGUUCACUAAAAAGCCUCUGCAUAUACCCUACAGUGAGUUUGAACCUUAUAAGGCUGAUAUACGAAAGCGUGUGGAAAUCAGUAGGACUUCAGGGUUGGAUGGCUUGUUAGGUAUUCAUGUAAUGUCUGGUCAGGGGCUCAAGUCUUCGAAGACAAGUCUACGUGACUUGUACUGUGUUGUGGCUGUGGACUCUAUAAACAAAGCAAGGACAAUGAUACGCACUGGUGCUAUUAAUUUUGAUUGGGAUGAAGCGUUUGAUGUAGAGUUGGAAGAUUCGAAGGAAGUGUCAUUUCUUAUAUACCACUGGGAUCCUAACUACAAACAUAGACUGUGUUUUCAUGGGUCUGUCCUCCUGCCAGGGUAUGUUCUCAGUGGGCAGAAGAAGUUUGUGGCAAUAAAAAUGGAACCUAAGGGUAUUCUGUUUGUGGCAAUGUUGUACAAGGAACCUGCAGUGUCUCUACAGCGUCUUCCUUCUGUGAAGAAAAACGCGCUGUUCGGGGUGGACCUUGAGACAGUGAUUCAGAGGGAGAAGUCUAUUCUGAACGUGCCACUCCUUGUCCACAAGUGUAUUGAGGAGAUCGAGAGGAGGGGGCUGGAGACAAUAGGCAUAUACCGACUGUGUGGGUCAGCCAGACGCAAGGUACUACUCAGGGAGGCCUUUGAGAAGAACGCACAGGCAGUGGAUCUGUCUCCAGAAAAUGUGUCUGAUGUCCAUGUCAUCACAGGUGUGCUGAAGGAUUACCUUCGAGAACUGCCAGAACCUCUGUUCACCAAUGCCCUCUACCAGAUGCUGUUGGACGCACUGAGCGUGGCGUCUCCCCACCUGAGGAGGAAGAUGUGCUGGGUGUGGUUGCAGUCACGUGAAGCCACAGGAGUUGACACAAUGACAGUUGUGUUGAACCACCUGAAGCGAGUAGCGUCAAACUCGGACAAGAACAAGAUGACACUGGAGAACCUAGCCAUCUGUCUGGGCCCAGCGCUUCUGUGUCCCUCACCCGCCACCUCCACAGACGCAGCCCUCGACUUCAAGAAGCACAUCGAGGUCCUACUCUACCUCUUGCAGAUCUGGGACAAUGGCAGCAACACAAGCACAUCCAAGUCAUCAACUGCUGACACUGUGGUUUCCGUGGAGACGGGUUCCGGCGGCGGCACCACAGCAGAGUCAUCUGAGAGUCAGCCACGGCAGGAGCGUAUCGCAAUGGAUGGAGACUAAGAAACAUCUGUUAUCACAGACACAGACUAGAAGCUUCAGCCGUAUGUUGCCUCAGACUAGUGGCUUUGACUAUUGUCUUGGACUCAGCUUGUAGAAUUAAAGACGCUGUGAGGCGAGGUCAUCCAAAGUUCCAAACCAACACUGCCAAUAUGACAUUAUGUUUCUAGUGUACAACUAUGUGAGUUGCUCUGUAUUCUGGGUGAGUGUGUAUUGUGGGUCCUUUGGCCUGCUUUCAUCGCCUGUACAUGCCAUAGUGUUGAUGUUUGUGUGUGUGUCCAGAAACCAGUGGACAUUGUUUAUUGCUAAGAUCAUCUGAUGAAUGGACAUCAGACUAUGAACCUCACUUUUGUAUUGAUUUUAGAACCAAACGCCUAUAUUGAUACACAAAGCUGAAUUUUCAAAGAAGAAUACUCUGUUGUUAUUUUAUACAACACAUUUAGUGGACAAAGUGCAAUAUAUUGACAGCUUUUGCAGCAGUCUUCAGCAAAUGUUCGUCCAUCUCACCUGUUGACAAUUUGUUGACAUCUCAUGUAGUUGAAGCAGCAGACAUCACUGCUACAGACUCUGAUCACCACCACCCCCAUUAGCACCUUCUCCUUCACCCCUGCUGGGAGUCUUCUGUCAUGUGACCAUUCAGCAGAUCGACACCAAAUCUAGCCAUCCCUGCAGCUAGAUGAUAGAUGAAGAUGGUGAAGCAGGUUCAGUCAAGUCAUACCACCUUUCAACGUUUUUGAUGAUUAGAUAGUCAGUGUUUGUCUGCCCAGUCGGGUUCUAGAUGUAUUGUAGGAGAUACUGGAUGAAUACGGGUCAUCGAAGCCUGAAGCAGGAACGGUUGUGGAAGUGGAAUACGGACAUACCUUAGUGGAAGAAAUAGAAUAUGUAGUUUGUUGGUGAUAGAGCUAUUUAACGUCUAUGGAACCUCUUGUCAACAUCCAAGAAACCUCUUGUUGACUGAUGCUGGAACAAUACGCACAGAGCACAUCAUGAUUGUGAAUUGCUGUGCAUUUUAAACGCAUGUAUUAUUAAAUGAAUUUUUGGGGGGGAGGGGUUCAUGGGUUUAUUACCAGAUGAUGUACAAGGAUUUCCAGUGUCGAGGAAUACAGACACAGAGCACUGUGAUGACAUGGCCACAUGUUAGCUAGGCAAGACUCAUGGCUUUUUGGCAUCUAUUAAACAAUACUCUUUAGGAAACCCACUGUAAAGGUUUUUUGAACUUUUAUCAUAUAGGAACUGAAUAUGUUUUAUGAAUUUUAGAAAGUUAUAAAUGAGAAAAGAAGUUUAAUAUGUGCUAUAGAUAUUUCAGCAAUGUUCCAAAAAGUGCUGUUGAACAUUAGCACAUGUAUACUUGAAGAUAUGUAUUAAGCCAUGUGAUUAUUUGUAGAUGAUGUCAGACAUACAAAGAACAUGGUCCUUCUCUUUAAUUCCACAACAAACAAAUCUGGCAAAUGAUUGAGGUGGUGAUACAGUUGUGACCCCACUAUGGUAGACCACACCAGUAUGAGUACUUUCAGUCAGGGCGAUACUCUGAGAGCAGCUACAUAAAUGGUGAACUGAGCCUUCAGUCUUGACACAGGAGAUAAAUGGCACGCUAGCAGUACACGUAGUCACACUUCCGACAAUCGGUCAGCCUUGCUGACAAUAUCACGGCAAUAAACAGUUUCACAGUCACAUGAAUGAUGUUAUAUUGAUAUACUCAUUUGUUUCCAAAUUAUUUAUCACAGAAUGUCAUUUUUGCUUUUUGAUAGUUGCAUGGAUACAGUACUGUUAGGACUGUUACCUUUCAGUAAACAUUUCACAGAACAUCAGAAUAUUUCAAAGGAUUUCAAAACAAUUCAGUGAUUGUGUUUCUCAUAUAGAUAGAUAUAUAUAUACAUAUAGAAACAGGGUGGAUAGUUAGAGGAACAAAUACCUCAGAUUCUUCAUCUGAACCAACCUUGCAUCGUUAAUGUAAGGGAGAUAACUCCACAUAUUUAUACCAGGGACUAUCAAAAAAGGCUGCUUGUUUUCUCAAAUAUAUCCGUAAUGGACAUUAUUUGCAAAGUAUCUGUUUUGGAGGUGAUCUACGAAUCUCAUACAAAUUUAUGCCACUGUCAAGUAAUGAGAAAUUCGCACUUUUCACCCAAAAUAUAUUAGUCUAUUUUUAGGGGUUUUCAGAAUGUUAUAUCAUUAGUAGAAUAAUGCGUAUCAUACUACUUUAAAUUGCCUGUAUUACCCAGAUCCCUUGUCUGUUAUGAAGAAAGAGUUGUGUACGACAGUUGGACUGUUUCUGUGAUGAACGUCUCAUGCGUUCCAACACACAUCUCUGUGUGGUCGAUAUUCAGCGGUUGUGGUGUUCAUCAUUGCACUUUUCUAUAUUCUUAUACAACAACUAGUGAAGAGAAAUUGUUUUAGCAUCUGUAACAUAUGUACUCCUGUUAUUCAAUGCCAUUGUUGAAAUGUUGUAAUAUACUUUAAUGUUUGCUCCUGUUUCAAAUGCAAACUUGAAGGUUGUGGAUACAAGGCUAAGAAUCAGUAUUUAGCAGCUGAACUGACACAAACACUCUCUGUUGUACAUGGGGAGGGUUCACAUGAAUGUUGUCCGUCUCCUGUUGACGUUGUGUGACUUACACUGUCACUCUCAUCCAACUAGCUUCUCUUCUGUUGCUUUCUGUUCCCCGACUGACUUGCAGUUUAAAUACUGAAGCAGCCUGACAGAAGAACAAAUGGAUACUGGGAAGAAGUAGAAACUUGUGAGUCAGGGUCCAGCUGCUCAGUAAUAGCUCUCAGUUCACUUUUUGAACCAAAACAAAGGGAAAUAGUCUGGAUGUCAACACAGUUGAACUAGGGUAAUUUUAAAGCAGAAUAAGUUUGAACUGUUGUAUUGUGCUUUGUACAUGUGUGGAGAAUGGUCAGUCCUCUCCGUACAAGUAGUGGAUACACAGGAUUGUGUAGAUAGUUACUGUACUAAAUGAGACAAUCAUGGUUUGGUUGGUUUUGUUGGUUGAAGUUGUUUUCUGUGUGUAAUAAUUGCUCUUGUUUAUAAUGAAGUGUGAUAUUUUCCUCGUGCAAUAUAAAAGUCUAUUGCCUUAGUUUAUCAAUAGGCCUUAAUGCAGGGUUAAGUGGGUGUAUUGUCACCAGGGGCGGUGAUCAUGCUAUUACCUGUCUGCAGCAAGCUAUCUUAACAUCCAGUUCAGUGGUACAGUGACUUACAUUCUGUAGUGCAGGCAAACAUCCAGCUCAAACCAGGGUGAAUUUAAUUAUUAAUUUUAUUAACAGAAUGAAAUUAACUUGAAACUUUUUUUCAGCAGCAAACCUGUGAAACACGAAACUAAAUAAAAACAAAAUGAAUUUAAUCCAAAAACCAGGGAAAUUAGGACAGUGAUAGUUAGACCACUCUGUUUUCAAGAUUGUGCUUAAGAUUAGAGAUUCUCCAGAUUUACUAAACAGGAUAUUAAUUUUAUUUAUAAGGCAAAUGAUUGUUUACGUAAAGCACUAUGACACAGUUUAUCUUCAAGUCCACCAUAUCAGGAACAGAGAGCUAUACCAAAGCAACAAUCUCCCCCCAAACUGCUAAUUCUGUUUGUGAUAAGUAUUUCAAUUAUAAUGUACAAAUAUUCUUGUUUUGAAUGAGAGGUGAUUUGUUCAUCUUAUUUGUUAUAACUGCAGCUAGUUUGUUUUGUAUAUAAUCCAUCAUUACAGCGGAAAUGUUCCAACAUCGUCUUAGGUUUUAUGAUGGGAUGCCAUAGCCCCAGGUUGGAGGAUGUGUUGUCGUAUAUCCAGUUUACUAUUUACUUGUGCAAUAUAGUUUCAGUUGUUACUUUGUCCAUUAUUUUGUUAUGCUAUUUGUUAUACAUCGUAUUGUUUGUUGUUACUUGGGCUCAACUGUAAGUCAACUAUUCCACCAGUUCUCCAACCCAGAUGUAUAAUAUUCUGUGUUCUCACUACAAAGCAUCCUCGAUAAUCUCCAGGGUAUACGUUACGAUCACUCCACACUAUACCCUGGAUGCAUCCACGGCUUGGCCCGAUGAUUUUAU